GUCGCGCCGGGCGCCGCUCUGAGUGACCUUUCACCCGCGACCAGCGGUCCCGGGCGGCGGCACAAGGCGGAAACCAUGGCGGAGGCGGCGGCUGCAGAGGGCGGGACGGGCACGGGUGCGGGCUCCGGCUCUGCAGCGGACCGGGACCCGGAGCGGGACCGCGCCGGGCGGAGGCUGCGGGUUCUCUCGGGCCAUCUGCUGGGCCGGCCCCGGGAGGCUCUGAGUACCAAUGAGUGCAAAGCGCGGAAAGCCGCGGCGGCGGCCACGGCGGCGCCCAGUGCCACUCCCUCCGCGCAGGAGUCGGGCAUCAUCCCCAAGAAGCGGCAAGAAAUUAUGAAAUGGAAUGGAUGGGGGUAUAAUGAUUCCAAGUUCUUCUUCAAUAAGAAAGGCCAGAUUGAAUUGAGUGGGAAAAGGUACCCUCUUAGCGGCAUGAUUUUACCAACUUUUAGAGACUGGAUCCAAAAUACCCUUGGAGUAAGUGUGGAGCAUAAAACUACCUCUAAAACAUCCUUAAAUCCCAGUGAUACACCUCCUUCUAUUGUAAAUGAAGAUUUCCUUCAUGACCUUAAAGAAACUAAUAUUUCAUAUUCACAAGAAGCAGAUGAUCGAGUAUUUAGAGCUCAUGGUCAUUGUCUUCAUGAGAUGUUUUUGCUCAGGGAAGGAACGUUUCAGCGUAUUCCUGAUAUAGUUUUAUGGCCAACAUGUCAUGAUGAUGUAGUUAAGAUUGUGAAUCUAGCGUGCAAAUAUAACCUUUGUAUCAUACCAAUUGGUGGAGGAACAAGUGUUUCAUAUGCCCUGAUGUGUCCUGCAGAUGAGACAAGAACAAUUAUUUCUUUGGACACUACACAAAUGAAUCGAAUCCUCUGGGUUGAUGAGAACAAUCUGACAGUUCACGUAGAGGCUGGCAUAACAGGACAAGAGUUGGAAAGACAGCUUAAGGAAAGUGGUUAUUGUACAGGUCAUGAACCCGAUUCCCUGGAAUUCAGCACUGUAGGAGGAUGGGUAUCUACUCGGGCAUCAGGCAUGAAGAAGAAUGUCUAUGGCAAUAUUGAGGACCUGGUGGUUCAUAUAAAAAUGGUAACACCUAGAGGUAUAAUAGAAAAAAGCUCUCAAGGACCUCGUAUGUCAACAGGCCCUGAUAUCCAUCACUUCAUCAUGGGAUCUGAAGGAACUCUUGGUGUGGUAACAGAAGCUACAAUAAAAAUCAGACCAAUCCCUGAAUACCAAAAGUAUGGCUCAGUAGCUUUCCCUAAUUUUGAACAAGGAGUAGCCUGUUUAAGAGAAAUUGCAAAGCAGAGGUGUGCUCCUGCAUCUAUUCGCCUCAUGGACAACCAGCAGUUUCAGUUUGGUCAUGCUCUUAAACCUCAGGUUUCUUCUAUUUUUACAUCAUUUUUGGAUGGAUUAAAAAAGUUUUAUAUUACAAAGUUUAAAGGAUUUGAUCCAAAUCAGCUAAGUGUCGCUACAUUACUGUUUGAGGGGGACCGUGAGAAGGUUCUUCAACAUGAAAAACAAGUGUAUGACAUUGCUGCAAAAUUUGGUGGAUUAGCAGUUGGAGAAGACAAUGGACAGAGAGGUUAUUUGCUAACCUAUGUCAUUGCAUACCUUCGAGACUUGGGUUUGGAUUACUAUGUAUUAGGAGAAUCUUUUGAAACUUCUGCUCCUUGGGACAGGGUUGUAGAUCUCUGUAGAAAUGUUAAAGAAAGAAUAACAAGGGAAUGCAAAGAGAAAGGUGUUCAGUUUGCUCCUCUUUCUACAUGCAGGGUGACGCAAACUUACGAUGCAGGUGCAUGUAUCUAUUUCUACUUUGCCUUUAACUACAGGGGAAUAAGUGACCCACUGACUGUGUUUGAACAAACUGAGGCAGCUGCUAGAGAAGAAAUCCUUGCUAAUGGAGGGAGCCUGUCGCAUCACCACGGAGUGGGCAAGUUACGGAAGCAAUGGCUAAAGGAAAGUAUCUCUGAUGUCGGCUUUGGGAUGCUGAAGUCUGUCAAGGAAUAUGUGGACCCCAACAACAUCUUUGGAAAUAGAAACCUUUUAUAGAUCGCUUACUAUUGUUACAAGAAAUGUCACUUUUUUUUUAAAGUCUUCAACUACGGUUAUACCAGUAACCAAAUAUAUCAUGGACUACAUUUCAGCUACAUUUGUUUGUUGAUUUAAAAUAAGUUUAUAUCAUUCUGUAGUUUGUCUUGUUUCUACAUCUUUAAAUUGACAGAUGGUAUUCCUAAAUCUCUCUCAUUGUAGGUGCAUCAGUUUACAGCCAACUGGUUGUCAUUUCAAAUUUUAGUCAGGCAGCACAAGGCUGCCAGUUAUUUCAGAGGAAGAUGCUGCCAGCGGUUUUGUUUUGAUGCUUCCUCUUGGGAACAAAGGCAAAUUUGUUGUCAUCUAUUGCUUAUCUAGCCUCUUUUUAAAGGAAGAUUUCUGAGAAGCAGAUAUCCAGGGAAGGAUUCCACUAAGGAGUGAUACACAUGUAUGUUUUUUUAAGAGUACAUUCUAGUGUGAGUAGGCCGUUAAGGGAGGAUACUCAUGAAAGAAUAUAGGCAACCUGUUCUUUAGGAUGCUUUCAGUUCUGUAAGGUGCUUGGCCUACGUUUUCCUUUGAAAUUAGUAUACAAUUACAAAACCUAAAAUCAUCAGUAUACAAAUUAUUCUAUUAGAGGACAUGUUUUUGUUCUCCACCUUUCUGUUUCGACUGAGGUGUGAGCUGUAUUUGUGUCACUGAGAUAACCUAUUGUUGUAUCCUUGUUCAUUCAUAAUAUGUUUUUAUAAGAAAAGCUGACUUAUCACUCAUUGUAUGUGAAGAACAGGUUUACCGUGAAAUGAAUGCCUUUUUUCAACUUAGAGUCCUAAUGUUUCUGAUUUCACAUUCUUAUUGCUGAGAUACAGAAGCUGCAACAGGAGCAGAAGAAGGAAGUCUCCUUACACUUAAAUGUCUCCGAUUCAGAGUCGUUUGGCUAACGAAACACAGUCAUCAUUCAGCUGUUGAAUUUGAAAGCCUCAACAGUUUCAAUGACAAAAAUCUUUUUUUUUUGUUAACCCAAACAAGAUGAUAAAUUUUCGUAUAAAAGUAAAGUUUCAAUUUAGUUUUUAAUAAUGGUUUAAUGCCUUUUUUGAAUUACUGGUUUAACAUAAAUUAAAAAAAAAUGUAUUAAUACACAUACCAUAAUCAGAAGUUUGAGAUAUCACAUUUCUUAAAUGAUAGGAGGAUCAUUAAUCACAUUUAGCAAACAUUUAUUCAUUCAAACCUGGAUAUUAAAAUAAGUGAAAUGAUUACUUUAAAUCACUGUCUGUCAAGGUUCAUGAUUCACAUUUUGAGAUGGAUUCUUUCUUAAUGCAAUACCUAACUUUUGAUAAUUUGUUAAAAUUUAAUAUUUGAUCAGAUAAUUUAAGUCAAAGUGCAGACGAUCCUUUAAAAGGACACACUGUCUGUCUAUGUAGCAACAGCUCCAAGGUAUUUUUGGGCAGUUUGAUACCUUUUAUAUCUGAAGUAGCCUUAACCAGAAAAUUUAAAAUUGACAAAAUGGUAUUUUUAAGACUUCAAAAUGGUAAAUAAUUUUUAACUAGUAAAAUUGGCCUCAAACUGAUAAACUUAAAUCUGUAAGCAAAUCAAAAUUAAAUAUUAGUAUAACAACAAAAACUAAGUAUUUAUUUAUUAGAAGCUGCCUCUCUUCAUUGGUGAUUUAUUUUUAAUUAUAAAAUUUCCAGCAGAUCUUUGCUUAAAGCCCUUGAUACUUGAAAUAAUUGGAUAUACUUAAUAAGGAAAUCACACUUGCCUGUAGAAUUAUAAAAAUAUCAGCUUUAUAAAAUGCAUCUAUACAUGAAGGUAAUUUCUCUAAUUGGUGAUCAAAAUGUAAAACUUCAUACGGUACUAAUAUCUUACUGGAGUGUAUACAUGUUUCUGAGUAAAUUUUUUUUUUUAAUAAAACUUACAGAUUCAUAAGUAGA